GCAGAUCCUGUUCCGUGGUUACUGCGGAGGCACAACUCAAGUGACAGGCGUUCCCCGCAGCCACACUAUUCAGCUACACCAGUCCAGAAGCCAACAUGUGUGGAAUUUUUGCCUAUCUCAACUACCAUGUGCCAAGGACUCGCAAAGAGAUCCUUGAGAUCCUUCUCAAAGGCUUGCGGCGUCUGGAGUACCGAGGUUAUGAUUCUGCUGGUGUGGGCAUUGAUUCUGGAAACAGCAAAGAAUGGGAAUCAAAUGCAAAAUGUAUUCAGCUGAUUAAGCAACGUGGAAAAGUAAAGGCUCUGGAUGAGGAGAUUCACAAGCAGCAGGAUCUGGACCUUGAUGUUGAGUUUGAUGUUCAUCUUGGCAUUGCACACACCCGAUGGGCCACUCACGGAGUGCCAAGCCCAGUUAACAGCCAUCCACACAGAUCAGACAAGAGCAAUGAGUUUAUUGUCAUUCACAAUGGAAUUAUCACCAACUAUAAAGAUCUGAAGAAAUUUCUGGAAAGCAAAGGCUAUGAGUUUGAGUCAGACACUGACACAGAGAGCAUUGCUAAAUUGGUGAAGUACAUGUAUGAUAACAGAGAAAGUGACGACAUCAGCUUUCCUACUCUGGUGGAGCGAGUGAUCCAGCAACUGGAGGGAGCUUUUGCAUUGGUCUUCAAGAGUGUCCAUUACCCAGGAGAGGCAGUUGGCACAAGGAGGGGAAGUCCUUUGUUGAUGGGAGUGAGAAGCGAUCACAAGCUGUCCACUGACCACAUUCCAGUGCUGUACCGCUCCUCUGGAAAAGAUAAGAAGAGCUGCAGCGCUUUACCAAGGACAGACCAGGACACCUGCCUGUUUCCUGUUGAUGAGAAGGCUGUGGAGUACUACUUUGCUUCUGAUGCAAGUGCAGUGAUUGAACACACAAACCGGGUAAUUUUCCUGGAGGAUGAUGACGUUGCUGCUGUUAUGGAUGGCAGGCUAUCAAUCCAUAGGAUCAAACGUACAGCGGGAGACUACCCAGCCCGAGCCAUCCAGACCUUGCAGAUGGAGCUGCAGCAGAUCAUGAAAGGAAACUACAGUUCUUUCAUGCAGAAGGAAAUCUUUGAGCAGCCAGAGUCCGUGGUCAACACCAUGAGAGGAAGAGUCAAUUUUGAAAACAACACAGUGACACUUGGUGGACUGAAAGACCACAUCAAGGAGAUCCAAAGAUGCAGACGCCUGAUCCUUAUUGCUUGUGGCACCAGUUACCAUGCUGGUGUAGCGACUCGCCAGGUGCUGGAGGAACUGACUGAGCUGCCUGUGAUGGUGGAGCUAGCCAGUGAUUUUCUGGACAGAAACACUCCUGUGUUCAGAGAUGACGUCUGUUUCUUUAUUAGCCAAUCAGGUGAAACAGCCGAUACCCUGAUGGCCCUGCGCUACUGUAAAGAGAGGGGAGCCUUGACGGUGGGUAUCACCAACACAGUUGGUAGCUCCAUCUCCAGAGAGACAGACUGUGGAGUCCACAUCAAUGCAGGCCCUGAAAUUGGAGUGGCAAGUACAAAGGCCUACACCAGUCAGUUCGUUGCUCUGGUCAUGUUCGCCCUUUUGAUGUGUGACGACAGGAUUUCUAUGCAGCCAAGACGCCGGGAGAUUAUCCAGGGGCUCAGAGUGCUUCCAGAUUUGAUUAAGGACGUUCUGAGUCUGGAUCAGGAGAUCAAGAUAUUGGCAGAAGAGCUUUACCAGCAGAAGAGUGUACUUAUUAUGGGCCGAGGGUACCAUUAUGCUGCCUGCCUGGAAGGAGCAUUGAAAAUUAAGGAGAUCACCUACAUGCACUCGGAGGGUAUUUUGGCUGGAGAGCUCAAACAUGGUCCACUGGCUCUUGUGGAUAAGCUCAUGCCUGUGAUCAUGAUCAUCAUGAGAGACCACACCUACAUCAAGUGCCAGAAUGCUCUGCAGCAAGUCGUCGCCCGCCAGGGUCGCCCAAUCGUUAUUUGUGACAAAGACGAUUAUGAGACAGCGAAGAACUCGAGCCGCACCAUCCGAGUCCCGCACUGUGUGGACUGUCUGCAGGGCAUCUUGAGUGUGAUUCCUCUGCAGCUGCUCUCCUUCCACCUGGCUGUGCUCCGAGGAUAUGAUGUGGACUGCCCCAGAAACUUGGCCAAAUCAGUGACAGUGGAGUAGCCCAACAUACAGGCUGGUGGUACAGGGCGCAGAGUGCAGCAGAAUGAAGAAAUCACAGAAGGCUUUGUGUCCAGUUCAUGACACUUUUAUAGCAGUUGUUUUCUCAGUUAGAGGAAACAUUUUUAUCUGUAGUAACUCAAUGUCUAAUAUUUGGGAGUGUAUGUCAUAUUAUUGUUAAAUGUGUUGUCUAAGUGGCAAGGUCUGGGCUGACAUAGUCUUUACUUAAAACACAUUUUAGCUUUUGUCAUCUCCUCGCUGAAUGCUGGCUUUAAUUAUAAAAGCUCAAUUUUCUAAGUGCAAUGAUUUGUAAUGUCGAUUGUUUUUCUUGGCAGCUAAUUAUUGUCUUUACUCUAGUAAAUGGCCAUUUUUAAUCAUUCCAAAUGUCACAGUUGUGUUUUAUCUCAACAUGUUUCUGUUUUACUGACAGUACAUUUACUGUAUUUCUUUCUGAUCACCACACCAAUUAAUGUUGCCUUAUGAGUGACUUCUCUUACUGUAUAGAUGCUGUUUACAUCUUAUUUUUCUGGUCAUCUGGUCAAGGGAUUGUCUUGUUUAAUGGCGGUACUGCACAGUUAGAAUAACACAGAUUUGUGGUACUAUAUAUUUAAUUCCUUAAAAAUGUAAUUUAACUUUGUCUUGUUAUGCCUUUUCUAUGAGACCUUGUAGUAUGAAGGGUUUUAAUGGCCAUGGAAUUCUUAACAUGAAGUUACAAAAACAUUUUCAGCCCACACCUUGCCAAUGUCACAUACAUUUUGGCAACAUUGGGACCAUUUUUGUCAUCUGUUAUAUUUUAUAUAAUCGUUUUUUCUUUAAAAAAUAUUUGUUCUAUUCUUUUGGUUACUUAAAUAAGAAAUGUGAAUGUUACAUUCUAAUUUGUUGGUGUUUGCAAAGGCAACACCCCUUUUUUUUGUUUUGCAAGGUGCAAUUUCUCAAACCAAAUUAUGCUUACUUUGUAGCCAAUUUUGUGGAUGCUGAGCAGUAGUGAAGUCUCUUCAAGCCUGUUAAUGUGGCAGGUCACAUGCAGCUUUGCAUUUCUCUAGAUAAUCAAAGAAAAGAGAAACAGAAUUGAGAUAAGUGUAGCUGCUUCUAUUUUGUAUUUAAACUGUAGACACUAUGACAAUAUUCUUUUGUAAUGGUUCUGUUCCAUCAGGUUUUUUAAUUUUUUCCCACCUAUCCUGAUCCUGUCUAAUGGCUGAAACUGGGCAUGUUACUGGUAUUUGAGCUGAGUGUGGGGCUUUGGCCUCUGCUGUCUGAGCUUUAAGAUGAUGAAGGGCACUGAUGAAAUAAAGUGUCAAAA